AUCUCUUUCGCAGCUCCGCUCACCACUGCAGCGCAUACCACAACUUCAUCAUGUCGUCGGCGUCACGGAGAAAGGUGCUCCUCAUGGGCAAGAGCGGCAGCGGCAAGACGUCGAUGCGCUCCGUCAUCUUCUCAAACUACACGGCCAAGGAUACUCGCCGUCUCGGUGCAACGAUUGACGUCGAGCAGUCGGCCGUGAGACUGCUGGGCUCUCUCGUCCUCAACCUGUGGGACUGCGGAGGCCAAGAUGCCUUCUUAGACAACUACCUCGUCGCGCAGCGCGAUACCAUCUUCACCAACGUCGCGGUCCUGAUCUACGUGUUCGACAUCACGAGCUCCGAGUGGGAAAAGGACGUGCACUACUUCGAGGACAACCUGCAGGCUCUGCGCGAGAACUCGGCCGACGCAGGCAUCUGGGUGCUCAUCAACAAGAUGGACCUGGUCGACAAGGAGGACCCCAAGCGGCUCAUGUAUGCCGAGCGCCGGGCCGAGAUUCUCGCCAUGAACGAGCGGCUGUCGGCCGGCGUGGACAACGCCGGGCCGUGCAGGAUCUUCCCGACGAGUAUUUGGGACGAGUCGCUGUACAAGGCGUGGUCGUCCGUCAUCCACUACCUCAUCCCCAACAUCAAGCUCAUCACCGAGCACCUGACCUACUUCCGGGACCUGACCAAGGCGGCCGAAGUCGCCGUGUUCGAGGGCGAGACGUUCCUCGUCAUGGCCAAGUCUGGCUCGCCGCUCGACGCGGCCGAGGUCGAGCUCGACGAGUGGGAGAGCGAGCGCGGCGUCGGCCGCCUGGAUCGGCAGCGCUUCGAAAAGGUGUCCGAGAUCAUCAAGAGCUUCCGCCGGACGUGCCAGCGCACGGGGGAGCAGUUCCUCGGCUUCGAGGCCGACUUUGACGGAUGUGUCGUCGUGCUCGAGCCGCUCACGCGCAACACGUUCAUGCUGGUCAUUACGACCGACCCGAGGCUGACCGCAUCGAUGGUCAAGUACAACAUCUCGCAGAGCACGAUCCACUUCGUCGAGGUCGGCUUAACCGUCAGCACGUUCCACCGCAAGUGCUCAAUAUGCCGCGACACGGUCAAGAAGUACAUGCCCCACGCCGUGUACGAUGUCGAGGGCGACGACGACCCCAACGUGGUCGCGUGGGACGACGUGCCCGUUGAGUCGGACGUCAAGCCGGCCAACGGCACAGGGUCGCACACGCCCGCGAGCCAGAGCUAGGAGGUUGCAUAAUGUACAGUAUAUUUGUAGCUGCGUGCGUACGCGUAUUACAUGGGAGGCAGCCGGCGUGGCGCCAUGACAACAGUGGCUCGCGUCGUCGUCGCACUACUUGAACUCUGCGAACAGCGACGCAAACUCGUCGCCGUCAACCUGCGGCAUCUGGUCAUCGAAAUUAAAGUCGUCAAAGUUGAUGUCGCCCAUACCGCCCUGGUCGCCGAGGUUGGUGUCGUCGAAGGUGACUGUCGCGGUGGCGUCUGGGGCGGGUUGUGGUGCAGGAACGGGGUCUGGUAGUGACGAGACGACGGGCUCGGGGGCUGGUACGGGGGCUGUCGGCUGUGACGACUGCUCGACUGGCGCUGGUGGCUCGGGCACCGGCGGGGCAGUGAGGUCGCCACCAGCGAGCAGCGCGUCGAGGUUGAGAUCGCCGCCCGCGUCGUCGGCGGGUGCCGUUGUGCCUGCGUUGUCCGUGCCAGCUGCUCCGCCAUCCCCGCUACCCGACACCUCGCCGAGGGCAGCCAAUCCGCCGUCGUCGCCACCACCAUUUCCACCCCCAAACAGCCCCUCGAGCGCCUCGAGGUCCAGGUUGGACAGGUCCAUGUCGGCCGGGUCAAACGUAAAGUCGAACGUGCUGUCCCCCGCAGGCGCAGUGGGCGCUGGAGGCGCCUGGCUGGGCGUCGCAUCAGGCGCCGGGGUGGCCUGCUGCGCGCCUGCAGACGGCGUCGGCGCGGCCUGCGCCGCUGGCGUACCGUUUCCUUCGAGCGUCGCCAGCAGCUUGGACGUGUUGGGCGUCAUGGCGAACACAUCGCCCGGCGUCCCGGCGGCCUGCUGCUGCGCAUCCAUGCCGUUCGCGCCAGAGAUGAUGGCGUUGAGCUCGUCCAUCCCCAGGUUGGAGAGGUCAAUGUUGCCGUCGGGGAACAUGAGCCCCUCGGGGAAGACGUUCUCCUGCACUGGCUGAGCGGGAGCCGUCACAGCUGGCGGGUGAGCGUUCUGCGAGAGGAAGGACGUCGACGACAAGGGGAUGGGAGACGACACGUUUGGCGUGUGCGUCAGGUGCGCGGGCAGCGCCGAGGCCGGCGACGGCGUGGGUAUCGGCGGCGGGGCGAGCGCUGCAGGUGGCCGCAAGCGCGCGUUGAACUUGUCCGGCGCCGCGGCAUACUCCACAUUCUGCGCCUGAUGGUCAGACAGCGCCCCACGCGCUCCACUCAC